CAUGAUAAUCAUUGUCUCUCCUAGGUUUCAACUCUCUGCUGUAUCCUUCACAUUCAUGAACUCAAAAUUGUUAGCCCUACCUCUUGGGUAUUCGAGUGUGGUUUGCUCUUAUUCAUGCUUUUGUCCACUCUCACUGUGAUCUUUCCAAAUUUUUUACCAUCCUCUGUAAGUGGUGAGGCGUACAAAGUCCAUUAAUCUCUUGAUCCACGUUCCUCUGAAUGAAAUAGAUGUUGAGGAAUCGAUACCUUCGAUAGGGGCUUUAGUCAAGGCGGGUGAAAUUGGGAAGAAAACUUAUCUUCACCUAUGGACUGAGAUUUGGCAGUGUUGCUGGUUUCGUCUAUUAUUCCAGUGAGCUUGGUAUCUGGGGAGACAGUGCUCAAGCAGAACAGCUUCUCAAGCAAGGAAAGCAGCUUCUUGCUCCUUAUGCUGCAACUGUGAAGCAAAAAAUUCCUUUAUCAGAUAUUCAGUUACCCACUACUGAGUGCGCAUCAAGGACUGCCAAAAAUUAUUGGAACAAGGGUGUAGUAAAAUCAAUUGAGUUCCUCGGGAAGCUACCUUCAACUGUAAAAGGUGCUGGAUCAAAUGCGUUUACCUAUAUCAGUCAGCAGCUGGAAAAUGCAAACACUGAAGAAAAGAAUUAGGCUCUUUGUGGAAUUCCUUUUCAUCACUCAGAUGAAUUUCAAUGUAGUUUGAACUUCUUUUAGUCAAUGAAAAUGAGAUCAAGUUAGUUUAGUCCGACUGGUACUUGAGUUUGCUCCGUUUAUAAUUAGUCACAAUGGUAUUCUAUCAAAGGGAUUAAAGUGGGGGGGAAAAAAGUUUUUUGGGAAUCAUGGCUGAACCACAUAAAAUAAAUUUAUCUUCCCUCAUAAUUGCAUUCCGAAGUUUACCCACAAUGUUAGUAACUGUUAAAAAUGCCCGAUUGUCCACUUCAACCAAAGUAGUUCUGUCUGUAACUGCAGGAUUUGCACUUCUUGGCGUCCUUGCACGGUAUUUACGGCGACGAAAAAGAACUUUCGGCAAUGGCUAUAAAUCAUUGACUUCAAGACAGUUGAAAGGGUUUCUCUCACCCGUGCCAAGUCCUAAUGGAGACAUUUUGACAGGAAGACAUUCUGCUAGUCCAGCCUUGCGCUCGCUUCACAGACAAGGCUCUGUCAUGUCAUUCUCAGACAGACUCUCGGUUGCAUCUGGAUCGAUAGCAGGGGUGACGAGUGCUGCUGACUUAACCCCACAGCAGCUUGGCCUCAUGGGGAUGGAGGCCCUUGAGACUAGCAUCAACUAUUGGGAAGAUGCUAUGGCAGCAUAUGACCAUGCGUCGUCCAAAGGACUUGCAUUGACGGAUGAACAAGAAGCGGAAUUUGCAAAGGAGUUGCAGAAACUUCUAGAUUGCGCUUACAAGCUACAAGAUCAAGGUGAACUGUUAUUCAUUGACCAACGAUCAGUGUUAUUCCGUGCUGGAAGUUCUGCUCGAGGUGCUGGCUCUGAAGCUAAUUUCUCACUUGGAGAGUAUUCAUCGCCGGACUCUUUUGUUUCGGCACAAGAUGAAGUUGCAGAUUUGCGUGAAUUUGAAGAGUUUGCUAAUAUUUUGACAGACAUAGAAAAACUUCCACUAUAUCAAUCAGCGCUGCGACAAUUAGAUGAUUCAGGAAUCCCUUACAGAAAUCUACGGACAGAACUACUUCAUUGUAGCUCAGAUGUUGAGUACUUGGCCAAGCUUCAUUGUGUCAGGCUUGCAUUCCAGUGGCUCUUUCGGGAUCAGAAAAAUUAUACCUGGGUUGCUGAUGCAGGUCGACAGAUUCUAACAGACUUAUUGCUGUAUGCAGACAAAGAUCCAAAGGAUUUUUUGGUUGCGUAUGAAGAAAUGUUGCUGUUCUUGCAAAAAAGAACCAGCUGGCAGGAUAUGGAGGAUGAGCUAAGUGUCAAAGGUGUCAAAGCAUUGACUUUUUAUGAUGUAGUUAUGGAUUAUAUUUUGAUGGAUGCCUUUGAAGACCUAGAAACACCACCCUCAUCUGUUCUGGCUGUCGUACAAAAUCGCUGGUUAUCCAACGGCUUCAAAGAAACCGCUCUAACAACUGCAGUUUGGUCAGUGUUAAAAGCCAAGCGCAGAAAGUUAAAAUUUUCGGAUGGAUUCAUGGCACACUUCUAUGCAAUAUCUGAACAAAUGUCCCCACUCAUGGCAUGGGGCUUUUUAGGACCGGACAAUGAUCUGAAAGAAAUUUGUAAUCAUUUCAAGGAACAGGUGCUAGAAUUACUUCAAGAUGUUUUCAGCUUCCAGAAAUCAAGGUACUCUAGUGUCGAGGAAUUGUCUGAAGAUAUAAUGGGGCAUAUUAAAUUAAGAGUAGAAAAUAUAUCUUGUAAGUUACAGAAUCAUAUUAAAGAUGCAAUCUGAAUCGACUGAUCGGAUCCUCCAUUUUCAAGUCAGUUCGUGAAUCAAAAGUCACUAACUUUUGAUUCUCUUUUCUAUCAAGUUUAGAUAUGAAGUAUUUGUUUUUUUAAAAUGCUUUUUCAUGAUAUUUAUGUUAGUAAGGAAAAUCAUGAAUCAUACCAAAUUGAGAUUUAUAAAUUUUGAUUGGAACAACACCAUUUUAAUUUGUAAAUUUGAAUAAGAACCAAGGUGUUGUAAUGAAUCAACACCUAUCAUCAUUGUAAUCAUUACAACACCUUAGUUGUUAGUCAAAUUUCCAAAUUGAGACCUUUGACCGCUUUGAUGCUGUCUUUAAGUGUUGUAAAAUCAUGUAAAAAUAAUUAUAAAAAAAAAAAAAAAAAAAAAAAAAAAAAAAACUGUCUUAUUACCUUUAAUUUCUAACCAGACUAGUGAAAUAUUUUGUUACCGGAAAGAGCAGUUCAAAUUGUUUCUAAGGGAAAAAGGUCAGGUACAUUGCCCUGAAGUAAAUAUUAAAAGACCAUAUUCAAAUCAGAUAAAAAAUUCAUCAAAAUGCUCUCAUGAUCUUUUCUCGCCCUGCAAGUUUUAUUGCAUCAAUUUUCCAACUUUACCCGCAGAAAUCUUGUUGAAAUUCUUACUUAGAGCUGUAAUAAAAGGAUUCAAUGUUUAUUUGCUUUUUUUUAUUACCUCUGCACCACAACGUAAUGUAACAUCAUGCUCCAUGUCAAUUCAAUAGAUAAAAUGAUACCCAUGGACUAGCA